CGUUGAUAAUGGGAUGUCCAAGGAGGAGGGAAGCGCCGGGAUUGCAGAAUAAGGAAAGGAUUAAGACGAAGAAGAAGCUGAAUUAAGUUUCUCAGACAAAGCAAAAGACUUGGAAGUAAAAAUGCAAGAAAUUGAUUAAGUCUGCUCUGCUUUUCAUUGGAUCUGUAGGUUUUGUGAAAUCUGUUUCUUAGGGAUUUAGAAAAAUGGAGGACGCGAGCUCUAUCGAUUCGAUUUUGGAAUUUCUGCGGAGAAAUCGUUUCAUGAGAGCCGAAGCUGCGUUGAUUAGUGAGCUUUCUAAUAAUCCAAGUUCAAAUGGAUGUCUUGACAAGCUCAGCUUUGAGAGUAACGGCGUGAGCAAGUUGUUGGAUAAGAAGCAAGCAGGCAGUAGCCGAGCAUCGGGCCUUCAAAACAAAAAUCAAGUUUCUGAUGAAUUGGUUGUGAAAGAGGUACAAUGUGGAGCUGCCAACAACUUUCAUGACAGUAACCAGAUGAAUGAUGUUUCUGUUCAGACACAACAAAGUGUCUCUGAUGCUAAUGCAGCAGAUUUCUGGGAGGAUAGAUUCACGCUUUCUGAAGGUUUAGUGGAUACCGAGCUCGAUUUACCCCCCUGGAACCAUGCUUCUACAAACAUUCUAGCUAACUCUGAGGUAUACAGCUUUGAUCCAAGUAAAAGAGGCUUUGUGAAUCCACGGAGAUCAAAGCAAUCGAGUCAUGAAAAGGUUCUUGAGUCUGGUAAAAACAGUAAUGUGGUUGUGGAAGAUAUCAUCUCUCCUUUUGAGAAGAUACGGACUGGAAGCUCUAGUCAGGUAUCCCAGUAUGACCAUGGCAAAGCAUGUCAAUCCUUGGGAAUUGAUGAUAAGGUUGUGAACUCUGUGACACAAGAAGGAUUUAUCACCACGUCAUGGCCAAGAAGCGAAGAGAGCAUUGGUGCUUCUUCAGACCACUGGAAGGAUUGUUCUGUCACAACUGUUUAUCCAUUGUCCAAAGCAAGCACAUCAGCAAAAGAUAAAGUAUUACCUAUUUCAGACAAGAGGCGAGGAAAGAAAAAGGUUGGGGCAAGUGAGUCCAAUAUUGGUAUUAAGGAGCAGGAAGAUGAUGUGGCAACAGCUUUGUACCUUGGAAAGUCACAGUCUAGCUAUGAACAUAAGAAUCUAAGCAGCUUAGCAUUUUCGCUGGCCCAUGAUGGUCCGAGGGAAGGCUUACCAAUGCUGCCACAUGUCAAAAUCAAGUCAGAGGAUAAAUCAAUGAACUUGAAUUGGGAAACAAAACAUGAGCGAGACAUGUUGGACGAAAAGCUAAUUAACACUGAGAAUGGUUUCCUUAUAGGCUCUUAUCUAGAUGUUCCGAUUGGACAAGAAAUCAGUUCAUCAGGUGGCAAAAUAGCUGGUGGAGGAAACUGGUUGUCUGUAAGUCAGGGACUAGCAGAAGAUGCAUCUGACUUGAUUUUUGGCUUUGGCAAUGGAUUAGGUGAUCUCACUGAACAUUCAAAUGAGUAUUGGGACUCUGAUGAAUAUGACGACGAUGAUGAUGUUGGUUACAUUAGGCAACCUAUUGAGGAUGAGGCAUGGUUUUUGGGUCACGAAGUCGACUAUCCUAGUGAAAAUGAAAAAGGCAGAGAGCAAGGAAGUGUUCCUGAUGCACAGGAUAAAAGUCAAACCAAGAAUGAUGAUGAUCAUUCAUUUGCCGAGGAGGAUUCUUAUUUCUCCGGUGAGCAAUAUGUGCUAGCAAAAGGCAAUGAGCAUGUUACCGCUUCAGAUGAUCCGAUGGGUCUCUCAAUGGCUGAAACAUACAGCAGGUCCAAGGAACCUGGUUUGGUUGCUAGAUAUGACGGGGAAUUGAUGGAUGCAGUGGAGCUAAGUAUGAUGCGCACUGAACCUGUGUGGCAGGGACUUGUCACCCAUGAAAAUGAUCUAAUUUUGUUGAACAAAGGAAAAGUCGAGGAUAUCCGAGCAGAUGAUGAUCAUACUGCUGCAGUUAGGUCUAUUGGUGUCGGAAUCAGCGAUGAUAUUGAUGACAAUGGGAGUAUAGUACCUGAUUUUUUUCCUGGAGAAGGUAGUGAAUGGGAUCUGGAGCUCCUUCCUCAUCGCCAAGUUGGAGUUGCUGGUGUCAAGCCUCCACCUGGUAAAGGUGCAAGUAUGCAGCUAAAAAGUGCUGCAAAUGGUGGUUUCUCAUUUCCCUCUCCAGUACCUGAUGGACAGAUCUCUCACGAAGAUUCUACAAACCAUGUGUGGUCAAACCAUUGCAAUGCUGCUGCGAGAAAAGAAAGUUAUGGACCACAGGGGCUAGUUGAGUACGAUAGUAUGCUUGUUGCUUCGACAAAAAGACCCAGCGACUCUUCCUCUGAAAGAAUAAGAGAUAGGGAUGGCGAGAACGUUGCAAGUUCAAGAAGUUCUUCCCCAUCCGCACUUUCCAAUACUGGGAGAGACCAUUGCAAGGAAGAAGAUGGGGAAGAAACCAGUCAUGGGCCGGAAGAAGAUCUUGGGACCUCGUUUGAGGAUGAAGAUGCAAUCGUGGUCCAAGAGCAAGUAAGACAGAUUAAAGCCCAGGAGCAGGAUUUUGAGACUUUCAACCUGAAGAUUGUUCACAGGAAAAACAGGACUGGCUUUGAGGAAGAUAAGAACUUCCAUGUGGUUUUGAAUUCUGUCAUAGCUGGUCGAUACCAUGUCACAGAGCAUCUUGGAUCUGCAGCUUUUAGCAAAGCAAUACAAGCACAUGACCUCCACACAGGCAUUGAUGUCUGUGUAAAGAUCAUAAAGAACAACAAAGACUUUUUUGACCAGAGCCUUGAUGAGAUCAAACUUCUCAAGUAUGUCAACCAGCAUGAUCCCGCUGACAAGUACCAUAUCCUUCGACUGUAUGAUUACUUCUACUUCCGUGAGCACCUGUUAAUAGUAUGCGAACUUCUCAAGGCAAACUUGUAUGAGUUCCAAAAGUUUAAUAGGGAAUCAGGUGGAGAGGUUUAUUUCACAAUGCCAAGAUUGCAGUCAAUUACUAUCCAGUGCUUGGAAGCAUUGCGCUUUCUGCAUGGUCUCGGCCUUAUACACUGCGACCUAAAACCUGAAAACAUACUUAUCAAAAGCUACAGCAGAUGCGAAAUCAAAGUCAUUGAUCUGGGAAGUAGCUGUUUUGAGACAGAUCAUCUUUGCCCCUAUGUCCAGUCUAGAUCCUACCGUGCUCCAGAAGUCAUCCUUGGGCUUCCAUAUGAUAAAAAGAUAGACAUUUGGUCACUUGGCUGCAUUUUGGCAGAACUUUGUACCGGCAAUGUUCUCUUUCAAAAUGAUUCUCCUGCUACUCUGCUUGCAAGGGUCAUCGGAAUAAUCGGAUCCAUUGACCAACAAAUGCUUGCCAAAGGACCUGAUAAAAGCAAGUACUUCACCAAAAAUCAUUUGUUAUACGAGAGAAACCAGGAAAGUAACAAUUUGGAAUAUCUGAUACCUAAAAAGACAUCGCUGAGGCGUCGACUGCCAAUGGGUGACCAAGGCUUCAUAGACUUUGUGGCACACUUGCUCCAAGUUGAUCCAAAGAAACGGCCUUCUGCAUCUGAAGCUCUUAAGCAUCCAUGGUUGACUUAUCCCUACGAACCCAUAUCUCCCUGAUUCUGUUUGAUUAUCUGACAUCUUUGUGAUCAAAGUGCGGAAUGGAUGAGAGCUAGUCAAGGAAGAAGAUGAUGGUUUGUUUGUCCCCCUUUGAUUUUGUUGAAACUCUUCUGAGAGGGUAAUCUUUCAGACCUUGUUGUAUAUUAAUUUGAUGUGUGACUAUUUGCUCAUUUGGUCUUAGCAUUUUGUUUCAUUUGGUAGUUUGUGAAAUAUAUAGCUCGUUUUUCAAACGUUAGCCGAUGAUAUGUGUAUAUGCAGUGUGUGUCUUUGUGGGAACUGCCAUUGUUUUUGCAGCUGCUAUCUCGUUACCGCACACUA